CUAUUGGCAGAACUGCAGGCACCCUAAAUAAUCCUCAGCCCAGCACUGUGAUGCCGGUGCCUGCCAUUCCCUGAUCUCCUGCCAUCUAGCUGGGCUUUGUGCUCCCUAGCAGCCUGCCUGGCUCAUGUGCUGGGCUGCCUGGGACCUGGUGAGAUCAGCCUAUAGUCAGGCAGUGUCAGUGAGAGGCACUGGGGGAGGUGCAGCACUAGCUCAUCAUUACUAGGCUGCUGCUGCUGCUGAAUGGCAGGGGGGCCACUUCCAUAGGCAGGGCAAUACCUCCACAUACACAAAGAAGCACUGGGGGUGUCCAGGCUGGAGAUGGCAUCCCUGAGCCUGGGAUUAAGUCUGUCUAGGAAGAAGAAUGCCUUGAGGAAUGCAGCAGUGGAGAGGAAGAAUCUGCUCACAGUCUGCAGGCUUUCUGUGAAGACAUUAAUUGACCGUUCCUGCUUUGAGACAAUUGAUGACUCUGCACCAGAAUUUGUUAAUUUUGCCUCUAUACUGGAACAGAUCCUAAGCCAUCGCCUUAAAGGUCAGGUUACCUGGUUUGGAUAUGAAAGUCCUCGAAGCUUUUGGGAUUACAUACGGGUUGCCUGCUCCAAAGUGUCUCACAGUUGCAUCUGUAGCAUUGAAAAUAUGGAAAAUGUCAGUUCAUCCAGAGCUAAGGGCAGAGCGUGGAUCAGAGUUGCACUGAUGGAAAAACGCCUUUCUGAAUAUAUUACAGCAGCACUGAGGGAUUACAAAACCACAAGGAGGUUUUAUGAUGAUGGCGCUAUUGUCUUGGGCGAGGAAGCGAAUAUGCUCGCUGGCAUGCUGCUCGGACUCAAUGCAAUUGACUUCAGCUUCUGCCUUAAAGGGGAGGGAUUGGAUGGGACCCACCCAGCUGUAAUUGACUAUACGCCUUAUCUGAAAUUUACACAAAGCUCUGAUAGCAUCAGCAGUGAUGAAGAGGAGCUCCGGACUCUGGGAAGCAGUGGCAGUGAGAGCAGCACUCCUGAGAACAUUGGCCCUCCUUUUAUCAUGGAUGAAAACAGCUGGUACAACAAAUGCAAGAAAGUAGAGCAAAAGUAUCGGCUAGCACUGGAACAAAAGGGUUACUUGGAGGAGCUGGUGCGACUGAGAGAAGCUCAAUUUACAGAAUCAGUGUCACAGAACAAGCUGCUACUUCAGAGAAUCGAAGAUAUAGAGUUAAAUCACAAGCUGGAGAAGGAACAACUUGAAUAUAUCAUUGUAGAGCUGCAGGAUCAGCUGUGAGUACCACACGAGACUUCGUUCACUGCUGAAGGCAGGUGCUUUAAUGGUCACAUUUUCUGCACUGGAAAGAAACUGCUCUAAUAAUGAGAAAUUAUGCGUUAUAGUAUAGCCAUAAUGUGGGAUGUUAAGCUUGGAGGUCAUUUGUGUGCGUCAGGGGUCAUGGUAGAAGCUCCUUAAAGGACAAUGAAACGUAUGAAAAUAACAAAUAAAGCUCUCAUUACUG